CAAUGCAAUAUUUCAUAGCCAAAAAAUGGCAACUUUUAUAAAUUUAUUGCAAAUUCUCAUAUUUCUUGUCACAGCCAUUAAUGCAAGUGAUGAUGACGUCACAUGGGCAAAAAGAGUUGUAACAAAAAAUGAAGUAAUAACAACUCUUCAAUUCUAUUUCCAUGACAAACUCAGUGGCCAGAAUCCAACUGCAAUAAGGAUUGCUCAAUCUUCACAAACCAACAAUAAUUCUUCCACACUCUUCGGCAUGCUGAUGAUGAUUGACGACCCGUUGACUGUGGGACCCGACCCGGCGUCGAAGAUUGUGGGCCGGGCUAGGGGGAUGUACGGGUCGGCGGGUCAAACGGAUUUCGGGUUGAUAAUGGUUCUAAGCUAUGGGUUCUUGGAUGGGAUAUACGAUGGCAGCUCUUUUAGCAUGCUUAGUAUAAACCCGGUUAUGCAGCCGGUUCGGGAGAUGGCUAUUGUUGGUGGGACCGGGCUUUUUCGAUUGGCACGUGGCUAUGCUAUUGCUCACACGUAUAUGGCUGAUCCUGCCACUGGUGAUGCUGUAGUUGGAUAUAAUGUUACUAUUGCUACUUAUGUAUAAUUAAUUAAAUGAAGCUUCAAUAAUUCUGUUUUUUCAAUUUUUAAGUUUUAUCUUUAUUUUUUUCAAUUAAAAGUGACUCGUUUAUUCAACUACUUGUGACAAUUGAUUAUUCGCAAUUUCAAGUUAUAUACGAAAAGGUAUCA